AGGUGGUUGUAGCUGUAGUAGUCUCCCCUUGCUUUUCUCAAGCUUCAAUAAGGAAACAUCACAAGACGACACCAUGCUAUCGAUCCGUUCUACUAGCCGCAUUCUAAAGGUCGCCAAUUCCAGGCAACUUUCCAGUCGAUGGCAGCAGCUUCGACGACCCUUCUCUUCAACGCCACCACCACCGGAUCCCACCAAGAACAAGGGCCCCGUCAGUUGGAUGUCAUUGUUCUUGGUGGGAAUUGCUGCCGCGUCCGUCACGGCAUACUACAAACUAGAACGAGAACGGAGAUUAGAACAAGCCAUGAGAAAGGUCGUUUCCAGUGAGUCCGAUGGAUGGUCGCCCAAUCCAGAAGUACUAGCCAAACGAAAAUUCAAACGAACGCCAUGGGGAUGGUUCCCAGAAGAGGAUGCAUUUGGCGCCGCCGGAAAGCCCGCCAUUGGUGGACCAUGGACAUUGAUUGAUCUAGAUGGGAACCUAGUCACUAGCGAACAAUUCAAAGGCAAAUGGUUAUUGUUAUACUUUGGAUUUGCUAGAUGUCCCGACAUCUGUCCCUCGGAAAUGGUCAAGGUGGGAAAAGUCAUGGAUACACUCAAAGAAAAAUAUCCAAAACUACACCAAAACAUUGUACCACUCUUUGUCAGUGUCGACCCCGCACGAGACUCCCUCAAAGCAUUGCGGGAGUAUGGAAACGAUUUCCAUCCCAGUUACAUCUUUCUCACGGGAGCACCCGACCAAGUGCAGGCCAUGGCCAAGAAAUACAGGGUGUACGUGAGCAAAGCCGAUGAAUCACCGGAUGGGGAUUAUUUGGUCGAUCAUUCCAUUGUCAUUUACUUUCAUGACGACACGGGGGAUCUCGCAGAUUGUUUCACACAAUCCAUGCGUUCUUCCGAUGUUGUCGAGAAAAUUGUGGAGCGAAUGACAUUUGUUCCCACGUAUUGAUUGAGGAGUACAGUUUGGUACAGUCAGUACCGUACUGUAACAAUAGACAGACCACGUUGGUUGGUAGUACCAACACGCAGUUCCGAAAGAAUUCUCAUUGUCGCGUUCAUUUCAUCAUACGGUACUGUGUUUCAACGUUUAGCAGAUUGUUGGCUCUGCGCGAGCAUGUUCUGGAAAGCAAAACACAACUCAACCACUAGCUAGACGAUCAUCAUCUUGGUGGUCUUGGGACUGGCAUUGGCAUUGGUACCAUC